GUUUGCAUUCCGUUUUACCUCCGUGUGAGAGCGAACUGUCAAAUAAACGGAGGCAAAAAUUGAAAACGAUUCAAUUUUGGUUCCGUUUGCUUGACAGUUCGCUCUCAAGAAAUUCAUUUUGUUCAUUUCAUAUCACUAAUACAAACAAAUAUCGGUUUUGACACUUGUUGCUAAUUUGUGGAUCGCUUCGGUCGGUUUUUCGUAAAAAAUUAAAUUUGAUCGCUGUUUUCUAUGGAUUUAGCAUAUUUUCAAAGUCCGAAUGGGAAAAUAUAUGCUAAAAGCCCGGGCGGAUCGGUCUAUGAAUGCGAAUAUGUUUCUAGUGAGGAUUCACAUUCACAGUACGAAAAAGAAGAUCCGGUGUCUCAGUCCAGCGAGUUGGAUAAAUUGUUACAAAAUCCAUUAAUAACAGUGACAAAGCAACCACCACAAUCGAAUGGAGAUUAUGAUCGUCCACAAAUUCCUGAAAAACUGUCUCAGACACAAUCGGCACGUAACUCACAUGCUAAACGGAAGAAUCUAACAGCACUGGACCAUUCGUCUACGGCUCGUCGAUCGUUGGAGUAUACUAUGACUGUUGAUGAAGAACCAUUAAUGAAACAGAAGCGAAAAAAUGAAAAGGAACGAAUGUGUCAUGUUGCACCAAGCGAUGUAUUGAACCAAUAUGAAGAAGAAUUGCUAAGAAUGAUUUUUGAGGCUCCGCCGAUAUGGAAUUUCAAAAUCCCUAUCAAAGAUCGCCAUCCCGAAGCCAAGUCUAAAAAGUGGAUAGAAAUCAAGAAUGAUUUUGUUGCCUACCUUCAGGGCAUUGAAUCCCCCGUUGAUAUGUCAAAGAUCAAAGUCGAAUUGCUGAAGAACACAUGGAACCACAUCCGUGAAUCGUACGUUCGUUAUACGAACGCUAGGGGAUGAUGAUGAUGAUGAAGCCGAUUCACAAAAGGCCUUUUUCACACCAAAGAACAAGCAUUCAAAGGUAGACAAAUCAAAAAAUGAGGAUUUAUCCCCGUUCCUCGCAAGUGCCACCACAUUUUUAUCGAAAUUAUCAGAUGAUAGCGCUAAGGUGGUACCAGUGCAACGAGAAUGCAACAGAUCAAUGUUAUUCGCAAAUUCUAUUGUUCCCGACUUACAAAAGUUUGACGAUGAACACUUCGCACUGAUAAAGAUGAAAAUAACAAAAGACAUCUAUGACGUGUUCCUUCAGCAAAUUGAGAAAAGACGAAAGAGUUCUUUAAAUUAAUUCUCGCAUACAAAGUUAUGCAUUCUAAGAAGCGAUUGUGUGAUAAAACUUGUCAGUUGUCUUAAGUUUGGUUUUAAUUGU